GUUUUGGCCCGAAAACGAAAACAACUAUAAAACAAUAAAUUGCUAGGGUUUUGGUUGAGCACAUUUCUCAUAACAAAACCAAUAGAGUGCGACUGACAGCCGUCCCUCUCUAGCCUCCAAAACUCAGCUGCUCCGCCGCCAUGGCCGUCGGAAAGAACAAGAGGAUUUCGAAGGGGAAGAAGGGAGGGAAGAAGAAAGCGGCUGACCCUUUUGCUAAGAAGGACUGGUAUGAUAUCAAGGCGCCGUCAUUGUUUAACACCAAGAAUAUUGGGAAAACACUAGUCACUCGAACUCAGGGUACUAAGAUUGCUUCUGAAGGACUCAAGCACCGUGUAUUUGAGGUUUCACUGGCUGACCUUCAAGGUGAUGAGGAUCACGCAUUCAGGAAGAUCCGUUUGAGAGCUGAGGAUGUUCAGGGAAAGAAUGUUCUCACAAACUUCUGGGGCAUGGACUUUACUACAGACAAAUUGAGGUCUCUUGUCAGGAAAUGGCAGUCACUAAUUGAGGCUCAUGUUGAUGUCAAGACUACCGACAACUACACUUUGAGGAUGUUCUGCAUUGCCUUCACCAAGAAGCGUGUCAACCAACAGAAGAGAACAUGCUAUGCUCAGUCUAGCCAGAUCCGUCAAAUUCGCCGCAAGAUGAGAGAAAUCAUGGUUAACCAGUCACAGUCAUGUGAUCUCAAGGAGUUGGUUCGGAAGUUUAUCCCUGAGUCGAUUGGCAAGGAGAUUGAGAAGGCAACUUCAAGCAUCUACCCUCUGCAGAAUGUAUUCAUCAGGAAGGUCAAGAUCUUGAAAGCUCCCAAGUUUGACCUUGGGAGGUUGAUGGAGGUUCAUGGUGAUACUAGUGAAGAGGUUGGUGUGAAGUUGGAUAGGCCAGCUGAUGAGCCGAUUGCUGAGCCGACUGAAGUUGUGGGUGCAUAAACUAUUGUUCCUAAAAUUCCCUUUAUCGUGUUUUUGCUCAUUAAGAUUUACUUCUGUUGGAGUGUUUUAGGAGAAGGAUUUGUUUGCUGGAGAGCUUUGAGUCUUGCAUUUCCUUCCUAAGCCACUGAUAGAU